ACUUACUCCAUUAAUUAAUUAACUUAAACUCAAUGUAGACUCUUCAAUAAUCUUUCAAGUGAAAUUAAUUAUUAAUUGGAAAGAUGAACUCAAGAAGAAGAAUCAUUUGGGAUUUGUUCAUGAACUCUUCAAAGAUCACUUUAUAUAUCUUUGUUGUAAUAAUCAUCGACAAAGACGUCCUCUUGAUUAAAAUAUUUUUUUCCUUUUGUCUUUUUAUUUAUUAUAAUUCUCAUCUUUGAUACGCCUAGCACAAUGUUUCUAUAUAUUUAUUCACAUUAUGAUUAGCAUAUGAGAUUGAACUAGAAAAGUAUCGUUCUAUCCAUCUAUCUAUCUUGAUAUUCCAAUGGAAAACGUAGCUGCAGGUGGAUCAUCUCGAGUAGCAAUGCCCCCUCCCAACACAGGGAAGCUGAUAACCAUUCUAGCCAUUGAUGGAGGAGGAAUUAGAGGAAUCAUUCCUGGGGUUAUCCUUGCCUAUCUUGAAUCACAACUUCAGGAAUUGGAUGGGAAAGAUGCAAGAAUUGCAGAUUAUUUUGAUUUGAUAGCAGGAACAAGCACGGGUGGGCUUGUAACAGCCAUGUUAGCUGCACCAAACAAAGAUAAACGCCCUUUCUAUGCUGCCAAAGAUAUAGUACCUUUCUAUCGUGAGCACUCCCCAAAAAUCUUUCCCCAGAGCGGGAUUAAUGUUUGCAGUGGACCAUUUGCUGGGGUUAUAAAUCUAGCUAAAAUGUUGAAGGGACCUAAAUAUGAUGGGGAGUAUCUUCAUAAACUUAUCAAGGGACUCCUAGGAGGUACCAGGUUGCAUGAUACCUUAACUGCCGUUGUAAUUCCAACUUUUGACAUCAAGAGACUUCAGCCAGUUAUAUUUAGCUCAUAUGAGACGAAAUCGAGACCUCAUUUGGAUGCCGAGCUGGCGGAUAUAUGCAUUAGUACCUCGGCAGCGCCAACUUUUCUACCUGCCCAUACUUUCAAGAACAAGGAUGCUCAAAACAAUGAACGCGAAUUCAACCUAAUUGAUGGUGGUAUAGCUGCUAAUAACCCGACAUUGGUCGCAAUUGGUGAGGUGACCAAGCAAGUAGUGAUGAAGCACGAAGACUUAUUCCCUAUCAAGCCCAUGGAAUAUGGUCGUUUUCUGGUAAUAUCACUUGGGACAGGCAAUGCAAAGAAUGAGGAAAAAUACAAUGCUAAAAUGGCUGCCAAAUGGGGAUUGCUUAGCUGGUUAACCCAUAACAACUCCACACCAAUCGUCGAAGCUUAUAAUCAAGCAAGCGCUGAUAUGGUUGAUCUUCACAACUUUGUGGUUUUCAAAGCUCUUCACUCCGACGAUAAAUACCUCCGAAUCCAGGAUGAUACUUUGACGGGGAGUUUGGCCUCAGUUGACAUAGCCACAAAGGAAAACUUAGAAGGUCUAGUCAAGGUAGGAGAACGGCUGCUGGAAAAACCAACUUCCAGGAUUAACUUAGACAAAGGAGUUUAUGAACCAAUUGAGAAAGGAGGAACCAACAAGGAAGCUCUUCGGAGGUUUGCAAAGAUACUUUCGGACGAGAGAAGAUUCCGCCAGUCCAAUGUCAAGUAGUCAGUUGGUUUAAAUGACAUUGUAUUGUUAUUCACUUUGUUCCUACAGUGUGAAUGUAUUGUGUAUUUCAGUUUUAUAAUGUACCCCUUCUAUUCAUUUUAUUCCUUUAUAUGUUGUUGGGAUUAAAUCUUCAUAACUUUUGUAGCAUAUCAUUCUGUGGGCCAGUCAAUGUUGCAAUAUGGCAACACCUUCUUAUACAUAAGAAUAAAUACAUUUCUAUAAAUACAAAAAGUGUCGUCUUUCGUUUAGUCGAGUCUUUAUAACACUAUGCGUUCAG